CACUUGUUUGCCUAUCGGAUAUAUUAGCCACAAGAACUUUAUUUUCCCGCCAAAUUUGAGCAUUCUGAAGUUUUUGCCAACAAUUAGAAAUUUGCGAAAUGUCUGUGACGCCAGUAAAUGGGCAUGGGGCUUCGCCGAAAGAGGCUUCGUCGUCGGCAGUGAAGGAUGAGGGCAAGAAGGAUCAAGCGGAGCAGAUCAAUUGGGAUGAGGAGCAGUACCUGGACCUGCUGAGGCACAUCAUCGCUAAUGGAGAGCGGCGGACAGAUCGCACCGAGGUGGGCACUUUGUCUGUGUUCGGCAGCCAGAUGCGCUUCAAUAUAAGAGAUUGCUUCCCUUUGCUGACCACCAAGCGCGUCUUCUUCCGCGCGGUGGCCGAGGAGCUGCUCUGGUUUGUGGCGGGCAAGACGGAUGCCAAGCUGCUGCAGGCCAAGAACGUGCACAUCUGGGACGGGAACAGCACCAGGGAGUUCCUGGACAAGCUGGGGCACACGGAGCGCUCCGUUGGAGAUCUGGGCCCGGUGUACGGCUUUCAGUGGCGGCACUUUGGGGCGGAGUAUGGCACCUGCGAUGACGACUACACUGGAAAGGGCAUCGAUCAGUUGCGACAGGUGAUCGACACCAUCCGGAAUAAUCCCUCGGACAGGCGCAUCAUCAUGUCGGCAUGGAAUCCACCGGACAUACCGAAGAUGGCCCUGCCGCCGUGUCACUGCCUGGCGCAGUUCUAUGUCUCCCAGACGCGCGGCGAGCUCUCCUGCCAGCUGUACCAGAGGAGCGCCGACAUGGGCCUGGGCGUGCCCUUCAACAUCGCCUCCUACGCCCUGCUCACUUACAUGAUCGCUCAUGUGACGGGUCUUAAGCCGGGCGACUUUGUGCACACCAUGGGCGACACGCACGUCUACCUGAAUCAUGUGGAGCCGCUGAAGGAGCAGCUGGAGCGAACGCCGAGACCAUUCCCCAAGCUGGUGAUCAAGCGUCAAGUGCAGGACAUCGAAGACUUCCGCUUCGAGGACUUUGAGAUAGUCGACUAUAAACCCUAUCCCAAGAUCAAGAUGGACAUGGCCGUCUAAGCGGAUGUAAAAAACUGAUUUUUAUCAAAAGCAUUUCAAUCUAUCCACCAUCUCACCCGUAUUCCUUGAAAUGUCGCAAAUUAUUAAUUAAGUUACAGUAGCUCAACGCUGGGAGCGAGUGAUCCCAAUGAAACAAUGAAUACAAUUCUAAUACAUGUUAUAAGGGUCUACCAAAAUAAAUGAUUUUGAUGAUUUCUAAAAUAUGUGUGACCGCCCUACAUAUAUAAAAUCACUAACCAUACAACAUAUACACUGGUCAUUUCAUACAACGAAUUUGGACACAAAACAUUUGAAAGCGGGAGGCCCCCCGGGCUCUCAGCAGCAGGACCCGGCACUUCGUGUGCAUUCGGGUUUUUUGCUCUCUCUUCUUAUUCUCAUUUAUAUGCUCGCGCACUCAUUCAGUCGUUCAGUCGCCAUAGAGUAAGAACUAUACAUAUACAUUUCUUACUCUAUGCAGUCGCAGAGAGGCGCUUUUUUGCGUGAUCAUGCAUUCUCAUACACGGGAGCAUGUGUUGUAUGGUUAGUGAUAAAAUGAAAACAUUCCAGGCAAACAUUAUUUAAACACAUCAUUUCAUAGCUUUAUUUGAAUAAAUUGUUGCUUUCAUUCAUCGUGUGUAGUGUGUGUUUGUUGUUUGUAAAUUCUCAGAGUAAUCCAUAAUGAAGUAUAAUUGAUUCUUAAUAAAUCUUGCACAGAGUAUACCGUAAAUAUGCUAUAUAAAUUUGCUUGACAUUUUCCGCACUUAAUAUUGUGAUUUUUCUUUGUUUCGGUUUCUUGGUUUUUGUCUUUUAAGUAAUUUAAUGAAAAUUUUAAGAAAAUUGUUAAGGUUUUGUGUCCAUAUGAGAGAACUCGACAGUAAUUCAAUAUUCAAUUUAUGCACUUUAAUUAAAUUGGAAUAAUUGUUUUAAGUUUUGUUCUGUGAUGAUUAAAGAUAAAUACAUAUUUGCUACUACAAUACGAUACUGUCCACCAAUAUUUUGACUAUGUUUUAUAACGACGAGAAAGAAACUUGCAUAGUUUUGCAUAUAUAAUAUAUGUGGCUAAUGUAUGCAAGCUAACCGAUAGACAAAUAGAAAUUAUCAUGAAUUAUUAUAAUCUGUUAUGUGGAAUUCAAUACGUUUAUUAACUUAUGUUGAGCUUGAAAGAGCGAAUGCCACUAGAGUUUCUGAGUUCAGUUAAGAUUCAAUAUUUUUGUUUCCAUUUUGGCUAAAGUGUUUCCUUCAUCCGUUGCCUUUGACUUGCGUUUAACAAUAGUGCUUAAAAUUAGUACCUUUGACUAAGUUCUUUUCGACUAAGACUUGGAUUUAAUUAAUUUAUAAUAUAUUUUAAGUGUUUCCAUUUCUUACUUGAACAUUUAAACAUAUACAAAGAGCGUCAUUCCGUCCGCAACUUACUGAUGACUUGCACUACAAAAUGCUAUUCGUUUCCUUGUAAUAUGAUCGAUAGCCGGGUCUUGUUAGAGGAUGCUACAGCUGAAAUUAAGAUCUGGGCCAGGAUACUCUGUAAACCCAAUUUUUAGUACUUUCAUACAGGUUAAACAAGGGGAAAUGUGUGAGCAGGACAAUGGUAUUUCCCUGGCACUCACCAUCGAAAAUUCUACAGAUCUCGGGGAGCCAGUUCUCUGUAUAUAGCUACACCUAAAUGCCAUAAAAUACACUUCUCAGAUAGAUCGCAACGGCUAGGUUUUCAUAUAAUUUUCACACGAGUGGUUCGUAGUAUUUCUUGUUUUCUUUGCUAUUCAACAUUCAUUUAAGUGAGACUAGUGGGUAAAGAGAGUGUGUCUGUUGUGGGGUGUGUGUGUGAUCUGUGUGAGAGAAACAGACAUUUAAAGCUGGUUGUAAACGGUGCAGCGGGUGCAAGUGCAGAAAUUAUGUCUGUUUGGGAGGCUACCGUUUCACCGUUUACAUCCCGCUUAAAGAGGGCGCUCUGCAGAGUUCCGGUUCCGGUUGCGUCUGCAGGCAUUUGCACAACCUUAUUGGCUUCAAAACACAAAGGUUCCUCGAGAAAAGACUUUGCACGGUGAACGAUCGAUCGCCAUUUUUAUACAUACAUACAUACGUCUUUGGUUUUUGCUUUUCUUUCGUUUGUUUUGGUGUAAAAGUAUAAAAGUGUGCCGUAAUUAAGCCAUUCACUUGGUAGUUAAAAUUUGUGGUAACUUGUCGAUUUUAGUGUUUCUUCGAUUUCGUUCCGUUUCUUGAGAUCCCUCAUCAAUUCGAGUACGAGUACUCAUUCAUUUUUUUUCAAGAUAUGCGCUUUGUUUUCGUCUUCUUUAAAUGUUAACAUUAUUGCGAUUUCCAUGUAAAAAUUAUAAAUUUGCUGGUUUUAUAGUUUUCUCGAUUCGUUAGUCUUUUCUGCAUUUAGUUAAACUUUCUGGUAUUUGUUAUUUUUACGUAUGUUUCUCCUCGCUUGACGUGCCAUUCCCUUUCUUCGAUUUCGUUUUGUUUUGUAUAUUAUUGUGCGGUGUUUUUGUUCGUUACCAUACCCAUUAAGUAUUUAAUAUGUAGGUAUAUAUAAUAUAAUAUAUUGUAUAUAGUACUCAUGUAUGUAUAUAUUUAAAUUUUUAAAAUACUUUCUUGGUUUUCUUCCAUUUGUAUUUAUCAUUUAUAAAACAUUUCAUCUUAAAAAAUGUAUAUAAUCGAUUGCUUUUUGUUGUUGUUCAUGCUUUUCAUUCACUUAUGUAUUUGCGUAUGACUGGAUACCAUGUCUGAGCAUGUCUGUUCAUGUCUGCUAUUCCCCUG